AUGAGGAAUAUACGGAUCAAACCUCCACAGAGUCUCUGGAUUCUGUCUGUAACGCUAGAGGACAGCAACAGAUUCUGCAGACCGUGUUCAGUCAAACUGAUCGACUGCAGGAACCUCAUGAUGAAGAUUAAAACAGAACCCACAGAAGAGGAACAUCACAAUGAUGAAGAUGAAGACAAUCAUGAUGAUGAUUUUAUUCCUUCAGAUGUAAAGAGUGAUUCAUGUUUAAAUGGAGAAACGUCCUCAACAGCAAAAGAGCGACUGGCUGCACAAACUUUUCCCUGCAUCACCUGUGAAAAGACAUUCAGCUCACAGAGACAUUUAGAGAGACAUGAGAGAAAACAACACGCACCGCAAAAACUCACCUGCACCAGAUGUAAGAUCAGCUUUACUACCUUACAAGAGAAGAAACUUCAUUUAGAAGAGCACAGAAAGAAGACAAGAAAGAGGGAGCAGUUUCACUGUGAACAGUGUGGGAAAAAUUACUUCACAACAAAGUCUAAUAUAAAUGCUCACGUGAAAAAACACACUGAAGAAAAACUCCGGUGUUUACAUUGUGAUAAACGUUUCAGUCAGAAACGUCAGCUGAUAGCCCACGAGAGAGUUCAUACCGGAGGAAAACCAUUCUGCUCUCACUGUGGAAAGAGUUUCUCUAAUUUGGCUCAUUUUCGUGUUCAUCUGAGACUUCACACUGGAGAAAAACCUUUUCACUGUAAUGUCUGCCAGAAGAGAUUUAAGCAAUGUAACAUUUUAGUGUCACACCAAAGAAUUCAUACGGGUGAAAGACCUUUCAAAUGCUCUCAGUGUGACAAGACGUUUACUCAGUUAGCUAACUUAACAACCCAUCAGAGAGUUCACACCGGAGAGAAACCUUACCUAUGCUCCAUCUGUGGAAAGAGAUUCGCUGGUUCAUCUCAAUUCAAAGUUCAUCAGAGAGUUCACACUGGAGAGAAACCUUAUCACUGCAAUGUUUGUGGGAAGAGUUUCAAUCAACGGGAAAAUUUAGUAUCGCACCAGAGAAGUCAUACGGGUGAGAAACCUUUUAAAUGCUCUCAGUGA